AUGGAGGCCCAGGAGGAAAAAUCCGGAUCUCCCCAAAUGGGAGGUGAGAAAGAAUUGCAAAACUCUUCGAAGCUCACUGCUGAAGUCCAAGACCUGGAGAAGCAGCUGUCACGGAUCAAAGUCCAUGUUCCUAAAGGUGUAUGUGAAUUUGAUUGGAGCAAGAUUGUCACGGCCCACUUGCCGGAGUCCUACAAAAGCAACACACCCAAGGAGCAGUUGCUUCUACAGGUGGCGGAUAAUUUCCAUCGGCAGUACGCACACCUUUGCCCGGACCGUGUACCCCUCUUCCUUCACCCAAUCAAUGAAUGUGGCAUGGAAAAAUUUGUAAGCACAACGGUUCGGCCCACUCUGCUCCCUUACUCAGAGUUAUACAACUGGGAUAGUGCCGCUCGUUUUGUUUCUGAUUACCUCAACAUGGAGCCUCUUCCUUCUCCACUAGCACCGCCCUGUUACUUAUGUUCACCAACAACCAUCUUGAGGUACCAGCGAGGAAACUGCUUUGAUUUUAGUGUGCUUUUAUGCUCUCUGCUAAUUGGGGCAGGCUAUGAUGCCUACUGCGUGAACGGCUAUGCCACCAAGGACAUGUGCAUGAUGGACGAGUCCACGGAAGAGUGCCCGCUCUUACAGAAGCCAGAAGAGACAGUAAAAAAGAAGGAGAAGGCUAGGAAAUACGCCAUCAAGCCCCCACGUGACCUGCGGAGCAAGUAUGAAUUACGCCAGGAAGAGAAGCAACAAGCUAAAGAACAGGCUGCAGAAGACAAGAAACAGAAGGAGGAAGAAGAGAAGAAAGCCGAUCUUCUGUUUGAUCUCGGAGACCCUGUGCGAUGGGAAUUCAUGCUUCCCAGCACCGACAAACCCUUGUUGUCCCUGCCAGAAAUGGAGGAGGAGGAAGAUCUGGGUGAAGAUGAUGUGGAAGAUUUGAUGAAAGAAGAUGAAUCAAAGAGUUUUGACAUGCCUGCAUCUUGGGUGGAGCAGAUCCAUGUAUCUCCCAAAGAAUUUGAGACUCGCUGUCCUCAAGGCAAGAAACUGAUUCAAUAUAAGAAUGCCAAGUUGGAGAAAUGGGCACCAUAUCUUAAUGUCAAUGGCCUAAUCACCCGAUUGACAUUGUAUGAAGAUCCAGAUUGUACCAAAGUGCUUGAAGUGAAAGAGUGGUUCAAGAACCGCGAAGACAAGUUGGACAUUCGAGAAUUAAAUAAGCAAACCAACAUCAUAGCAGAGCAAUUCCUACCUGGACAUGCCCUGGGCCUGAGAGCACAUAUGUACAAGACCAUGGAACCGGAGACCGAGCGCACGAUGGAGUUCUACAACGAGACACGGGUGGACGGCCUUCAGAAACGCACAGAAACUUCCCAAGAGAUGGCAGAGUAUUUUGAAGGCCGCUUAGAUUUUCUUAGCUACCGUCAUGCCGAGUUUGGCAAAAGAAUCAAGAAACUUACCAAGAAGAUGGCUACCACUGAAAGCAAUGCCCGGCCAAUUUUGAAAAUCACCGAGAGGUUCCACAGGAACCCAAGCAAACCAGCUGACGAAGACGUGGCCGAACGCAUUUUUUUGAUCUCGGAAGAUAAGAUCGUUCUGACCUACCACUGCAAGGAGAAUUACAUCACCCCUUCCAAGAGGGAGUUUAAUAAGCAUACCGAUGUGGACAGCAAGGGAAAUAAGAUUAUCAUGAGCCGAGAUAUGUGCAUCAGUUAUCAGGCAGGGCCUGUGGAGAAAGAAAAGAAACUGUUCCAUCUCUAUGAAAUGCUGAUGCAGCUGAUCGAAGAUGAGAAACGUUCCCGCCAUCUAGUGUGGGAAUCUGAGAUAGAGGAGCGCCUACAGCAAGAGGAGCGCCAGCGCCAAGUGGAGCAGGAGCUGGACUACCUGGCGCCCUUCCUCAUUCAAGUGGGAGGCCUUGAAAAGAUGACCAAGUGGCUCGCUUUGCGCCUGAAAGAAGACUGCCUGAACGAUUUCAAGCAUCGUCUCGUGGACAAGGCCAACCUCAUCCAAGCACGGUUUGAGAAGGAAACUCAAGAACUCCAGAAGAAGCAGCAGUGGUACCAGCAGAACCAACUCAACAUGACCUUAGAGGAUGAAGACGCCUACCUGAACUACUGCUCAGAGGCCAUGUUUCGCAUCCGCAUUUUGGAGCUCCGACUCAGCAGGCAUAAAGAGAGAGCACCGCUGAAAUAUAUAGCAUUAGAAGAGAAACUUUCCAAAGAUCCUCGUCUCUCUGAAUAUCUCAGAUUUUAUGUUUAAUUUUUCUGUGAGUCAUUUUGGGGAAGUGCUCCUCAAAGGCCAGAUGAAGUUAAUGAAACUUCCGAACAGCUGUGAAAAACAUUUUAUUUUUCUCAAGCCACUUUCUUCCUCCCCAUAAAUUUUUGCAACUUUCUGGUUAAGAAAGCAUCAAGGAAAAGAAACUUUAAUUCUUUGAAUCUCUCAAUGGAGCAAUACUUUAAAAACCACUGGGUUUUGAUAGCUAAAUAUAUGGGUGAAAGAUAGUAAGAUAGUCUUCUUCUUCUUCUUCUUCUUCUUCUUCUUCUUCUUCUUCUUCUUCUUCUUCUUC